AUGGCAGAAUACACCGCGUCAUCAGCCAUGCUCAAGGCCCUUGAGGCCGCCGGAGUAACACACCUCUUUGUGAACCUCGGCAGCGACCAUCCAGCCAUCAUGAAAGCUAUAUCCAAACGCAAAAGAGACGGGAAGCAGGGCCUCAAAUUUAUCACUGCGCCCAACGAGUUCGUCGGGCUCUGCGCAGCCCAAGGAUUCUUUCAGGCCAGCGGUAAGAUGCAGGCCAUCAUAGUGCAUGUGGAUGCCGGAACGCUCGCGAUGGCCGGGGCGCUUCACAACGUCUCGAGAGCAAGGAUCCCCGUGAUAAUGAUCGCGGGAACAUCACCGGUCACGGACGAGAACGAGCUUGAGUUCAUCCACGACAUCCAAGACACUAUUGACCAGCGUUGGAUUGUGAGGAACUACACUGUUCUCAAUCACGAGAUCCGCACGGUCAGGAAUGUAAAGCAGCUUAUUCAUCGGGCCGCUCAGUUCUCUCAGAGCGCGCCACAGGGGCCAUCUUACCUGAUCGCCUCCCGGGAGACUUUGGAGGAGGAAAUCCCACCUUACGAAGUCAAUCCAAAGAAGUAUAGACCAUUGGCUCCGAAAGUACUUGACCCGGGCUCGGUGAAGGAGAUCGGCGAAGCCUUGAUCAACGCGAAGCUUCCGGUGGUAAUCACGAGCCCCAGGGAUGGCCUGCUUGAAAAGGCCGACGUGAUACUGGUCAUUGACAGCGAUGUGCCUUGGAUCAAGAGCAGAUUCAGGCCGUCGCCCGAGGCGCUCAUCUAUCACAUUGAUGCAGACCCUCUGAAGGUCAACAUGAGCUUGUUCAACAUCGGUGCUGACAUCUCGGCUCAGGCCGAUGCGAAGACCGCGCUGGAGCAGAUUAAUCAGUGGUUGACCCAGCAGAAGAUCACCACAGCACAGGAGGAAGCUGUCAAGAAGAGAACGGCCAACGUCUCAUCUAUCCACGAUGCCUACGUUGCCGACGUUGUCGCCCUCCAAGUUGUUCCCGAAGGCGACAUCAUAACUCCACACUAUGUCCUAUCCGUUCUCAAGAAACACAUCGACCAGGAUACGCUCGUCCUGAGCGAGGCAAUCUCAAAUUACUGCCCCGUUCCUGACCCUGGUCAUGAACAACCGCGGCUGGAAGAGCCCCAUGCUCAGCAACCUGGCGGUGCACAAGGCCGGGCACUCUAG